AAAGGGGGCCAAACCCCUCCUCGGCACACAAGUCAAGUAGAGAAGAAAUUGAAAUCGAGGUAGCCAUUCUUUAUUCGAUCUCAAGACGAGGCGUGUUUCUCUCGAACGUCCUUUACUUGCUUGAGGACAGUCAGGUAUCAAAAUGGGUGCCUACAAGUAUCUGGAAGAGCUCUUCAAAAAGAAGCAAAGUGACUUGUUCCGAUUUUUGCACAGGAUCCGCUGUUGGCAGCUUCGUCAAUUGUCAGCAAUCCAUCGUGCAUCAAGGCCUAGCCGUCCUGACAAAGCUAGACGCCUUGGGUACAAGGCUAAGCAAGGCUAUGUUGUUUACCGUAUCCGAGUGAGGAGAGGUGGUCGUAAGAAGCCAGUGCCAAAGGGAAUCACUUAUGGAAAGCCAAAAGGAGAGGGUGUCAACCAAAUUAAAUUCCAAAGAAGUUUGCGUUCAGUUGCUGAAGAAAGAGCUGGUAGACACUGUGGAGCGUUGCGAGUCCUCAAUUCGUAUUGGAUUGGGCAAGAUUCAACUUACAAAUUCUUUGAAGUAAUAAUGGUUGAUCCCCAGCACAAAGCAGUACGACGUGAUCCAAGAAUUAACUGGAUUUGCAAAGCAGUGCAUAAACAUAGAGAACUUCGAGGCCUUACAGCAGCUGGUCGUAAAAAUCGUGGAAUGGGUAAAGGCCAUGGUAAAAAUAAGGUGAUUGGCAGCUCAAGGCGUGCUAACUGGAAGAGACAUAACACUUUGUCUCUGAAAAGAUAUCGCUAGAGACUCAAAUUGAAAUAUUUAAAAAAUACAAGCAAGUUGCAGUAAA